AGCUGCCGUCUAACUUCAUAAAAGAAUAAGAAAAAGAAGACGUAGAGGAAGAAGAAGGUUCCUCUCAGCCAGCUGCAUUCUCCAUGAAAUAAACAUGACGAUGUUGACAAUGACGAUGUUUUCAGUGCAGCUGCACUAAAAGUAAAGCACUGAAUACAACGAAGGACGGGGGAUAUUGCGUUUAAACUAAAUCUGGGACAAACUGUUUUGAUUACUUGGAUCAGGACAUACACCAUUUUCACGAGUUGACAAGUGGACCGUAAACACUGCAAUGCCUCUGCUGUUUUUGGAGAGGUUUCCUUGGCCCAGCCUGCAGACCUACACAGCACUGAGUGUGGCUUUGCUUGCUGGCAGCAUCUUUAGUGCCUACACCACUGUGACUGAUCCAGGCUUUGGGGUCUUGGAAACUGAUGACACACCUGCUCCCUCUGAAGGGGAACAUCUUGAACAUCUAAACAAUGAUAUUAGUGACACCGAAUUGUCCAUCCUGUGGUAUCUUGCCACUGACAGUCUCUUUGUAUGGGUCUUGGUCAACACAUUCUGCUGCUCUUUGAUGUUAACUGCUAAAAUGAUUCAGUAUGUGGUGUUUGGCCCGCUCAGGGUCAGUGAGAAGCAGCAUUUGAAGGAUAAGUUCUGGAACUUCAUCUUCUACAAGUUCAUUUUCAUCUUUGGCGUAUUGAACGUUCAGACAGUGGAGGAGGUGGUCAUGUGGUGUUUGUGGUUCUCUGCCCUGGUCUUUCUCCACCUCAUGGUACAGCUCUGCAAAGACCGAUUUGAAUAUCUGUCUUUCUCGCCCUCCACUCCCAUGAACAGCCAUGUACGAGUGCUUUGUCUGCUGGUCUCCCUGCUGCUGGACUGCUGUGGUCUGGCUGUGGGCUGUGGUCUGCUGGGAGCUUCUCAUGGCAUGCAUACCCUCUCCUUUAUGGCAGCAGAGUGUCUGUUGGUGACUGUACGCACUGGGCAUGUCAUCAUGCGAUAUUCCAUUCAUCUGUGGGAUCUGAACCAUCCAGGGACCUGGGAGAGUAAGGGAACAUAUGUCUAUUACACAGACUUCAUCAUGGAGCUGGCUAUGCUCUUCCUGGACCUCAUGCACCAUAUCCAUAUGCUGCUUUUUGGAAACAUCUGGCUGUCCAUGGCAAGCUUGGUUAUCUUCAUGCAGCUGCGGUAUCUCUUUCAUGAGGUCCAGCGCCGUGUCCGCCGACACAAGAACUACCUUCGUGUCAUCAACAACAUGGAGGCCAGAUUUGCAGUUGCUACUGCAGAGGAGCUGGCAGCUAAUGAUGAUGAUUGUGCCAUCUGCUGGGAUACUAUGUUGACAGCACGCAAACUACCCUGUGGCCAUCUCUUCCACAACUCUUGUUUGCGCUCAUGGCUGGAGCAGGACACCUCGUGUCCAACAUGUCGGACAUCCCUGAACAUUAAUGGGGACGGGGGCCAGGCGAGAGGACAGCAGCAGGGCGGGGGCUUGGAAGACAACAUCGGCCCAGUAGGAGCUGCUCCAGAUGCUAGACCGCAUAUCAACCAACACAAUCACUUCUUCCACUUUGAUGGAUCUCGCAUUGCCAGCUGGCUGCCCAGUUUCUCAGUGGAAGUAAUGCACACCACCAAUAUCUUGGGCAUUGCUCAGGCCAACAACUCCCAGCUCAUGGCCAUGGCCCAUCAGAUCCAGGAGAUGUUUCCUCAGGUGCCCUCCUAUCUGGUGAUGCAGGAUCUGCAGUUGACUCGCUCUGUGGAGGUCACCACUGACAACAUCCUGGAGGGACGCAUCCAGGUGCCUUUCCCGACGCAGGCCAUAGAGCAUGCCCCGACACAGGUGAGCACUGGGCCAGAUGAGCAAGAAGGGUCCAGUGGAGCAGCUGAACAGGGCCUCAGUGAGUCAGACAGCAUGGAGAUCAGAGGAGGUCGCUUCUCUAAGUCGGCUGAGGAGAGGCAGAAGAUGUUAAAGCAGAGGAAAGAAGAGAUUCUCCAGCAGGCACGCAGGAGAUAUCUGAACAAAAGUCCAGAGGACCAGGAGGAUGAGGAUUUGCCGGGACUGGAGGAGGACACUGUUCCAGAGUUGAACUUGACUGUGCUUAGACGUAGAACCAUGGCGGCAGCUGCAGAGAGACGCAUGCAAAAUCAACAAGACCCUGCACCCUGAUACACAGAUUGGCUUCAUCACAUCAUCAUCCCAGGAGGCACAGACAAAGCUAUUUAAUCCCUCCCCAUUUGGUGUACAGUCAGUGGUCAUCACCUAUCCAAAACAAUAAUUAAAAAGAAUUGCAAACAUGGCCUUUGGACUGUUUUGGGCUGCCUAAAACGGUGGGACUAUUGUGAAUGGCCUCUGCAUCACUGAUUUCAGAGUAUUUGGAGCAUUAUAUAAAUUAAUGGGUGAAGGGUCAUGAAAUGCAAGGUUGCAUUUCCCUCUAUUUACGUGCCACACAUUGCAGCCACCAGCUUCAGUAGCGAGUCAGUUUCUGCCAUGAUUGGGACUGGCUGUCAAAAAUGAGCAUGCUUUUCAUUCAGACACGUAUUGUAUGAAAGGGGUUUGAAGGUGUCAUUACUAGGUAAAAGCUAUUUGGGUCUUUGUUUGUUUUCCUUUUAUCAGACUUUAUUUUCAAGUUUUGCUAAUGGCAGAAAGCUACGUAUUCUGAAUGGAGAAACUCAACUGAUGUAUUUCUGUGUUAUUUUAAUGGUUUCAACUGUGAAUUAAGUGUAGGCAAAAUAACAUGUUUUUAUUUCUUACCUUGGAGUAAGAGAAUGUCACUUUAGUAUUGUUCAGCCUAUCUGUCAAAUAUGAAUGUUCGUAUCAAAAAUACUGCUGCAAACAAAGUGUUUUUGACCCACAUGGGUUGUUAUGUAUUUAGUGUGUAAUAUCACCCAUAGCAAACAGUUUUGUUAUUUAACACGGGGGGGGCAUGUAAAUCUUAGUUUUUCUAAUACUGUUCCCUUGAGAUGCAUUGGCAACAAAGGGGAUGUAUUACAUUUUUUACAAUGACAAUGGGUGUCAUCCUCUGUCUUUCUUAAAUUACCCUCUAAUAAUAAGCAGUUGUCUCGCUGAAUAAGAAAAUCUUAUUUUCUACUGAAUAUAUCAAUGGGGUCCUUGGAAUCUAUGCCCAUCAUUAUGGCAUUUUUAGGGUAUGUAGAAAUUGAUAAGUCUGUUACAGCUGGACUUGCUGGACUGUCUUUUGAAGACAUUUUGUCUCGCUUGCUCUCUCUUUC